CAAACCGGACUGUGAGGGGUUGUUGUUGUGUCUCAUCGCACAGUAGAGAAGACGUGUAAACCAAACGAACCAUCGAAGGUUUCGUGGGGGAGAAGAAGAUGAAGUCGGUGGUUGCUCAUUUCUCAACGCCUUUAAUCACAGGAGCUAGAUUCUUCUCUCCUACAUGUCUUAUCCAUCCAAAAUCGAUCUCCACCGUUCGCCGUAGAAAGUUCUCAUCCUCUUUCACCGUGAUGGCCUCAGCAGCUCAGUCUUCUUCUCAGGCUGUAUCACCGGGGAGUGCUGAGACUGAUGUUUUCAAAUUGAUUCAAGCUCAUGAGGCGAAGGCUGCUCGUCUUUCUCCUGUUGAAGAAAUACGAACUGUGCUUAACGGUAGUGUUUGUGGUAUGCUCUCCACUUUUUCUCAGAAGUAUGAGGGUUAUCCUUCAGGAUCCAUGGUUGAUUUUGCAUGUGAUGCUGAUGGUUCUCCGAUUCUAGCAGUCAGUAGCUUGGCUGUCCAUACAAAGGAUCUAUUAGCUAAUCCAAAAUGCUCACUACUGGUUGCAAGAGACCCGGAGGACAGGACCGGUUUGAGGAUCACCCUACAUGGUGAUGCAGUGUUGGUUUCAGACAAAGAUCAAGCGGCUGUUCGAUCUGCCUAUUUAGCCAAGCAUCCCAAUGCUUUCUGGGUUGAUUUUGGAGACUUCAGCUUUAUGCGAAUUGAACCAAAAGUUGUCAGAUAUGUUUCAGGGGUUGCAACUGCUUUUCUAGGAUCUGGAGAAUUCAACAAAGAGGAGUACCAAGCAGCCAAAGUAGAUCCUAUAGCUCAGUUUGCAAAGCCUGUAACGUCACACAUGAACAAAGAUCAUGAAGAGGAUACCAUAGCCAUUGUACACCAUGCAACAUCCAUACCUGUGGAGAGCGCCUUGAUGCUUGAUUUGGACAGCCUUGGUUUCAAUGUUAAGGCUACUCUUCAAGGGAACACCUUCAAGCUCCGAGUUCCGUUCCCAAGACGCGCACAAGACAGAAAGGAUGUGAAGACACUGAUAGUGGAAAUGCUUCAAGCUGCCAAGUCUGUUUCCAAUUAGUUUUUGCUGAAACAAAGAAGUAUAAGCUUUCUGCAGCUACUACUAGUACAAAGAAGGCUUUCUUUCUUCUUUACACACUCUUUCAUCUUGUUAUGAACAACUCUUCAGUCUUGUAAAUAUCUUAAGAAGACUAGAACAAAACUUGAUACAUGAAAAAGGUUUAUAAUUGUAGAUUUGUGAAGUUUGUAUUAGAUGGAACUCAUGUAUGAUUUUCAAUUCAGCAUAUGCUUAUGGUACC